CCCUUCCCUCCCCCUAUCCCGCAGCGCCGGUUUUGCUCUUCAGCGCCGGAGCUGCGGCUGCUGUGGCGGCGGUGGCGAGCGGGGCGGGGGGGGAAGAAGGCGAGAGACCGCUGUUUUUCGUUCUCCUCCGUUCUUGCCUCCGUCCAGGCAACGCGUGGAGGAGAAGGGACGAGAUGAGCAGCACUGUGGCUAGCCCAAUGUCAAUGACUGCCUCUUCAAGCAGUGGAAGAAAAUCAACAAGCUUUACACCUGAACUUCAAAGUAUGAUGUUUUCCUUAGGAGAUGCUCGCCGGCCACUCCAUGAAACUGCAAUACUGGUGGAAGAUAUUGUCCACACGCAGCUGAUAAAUUUGUUGCAGCAAGCAGCUGAAGUUUCUCAGCUGAGAGGAGCUCGAGUCAUCUCUGCUGAAGAUCUCCUGUUCUUAAUGCGCAAAGAUAAGAAGAAGCUUAGAAGGCUACUUAAAUACAUGUUUUUUCGAGACUACAAAUCUAAAAUUGUCAAAGGAAUAGAAGAAGAUGACCUCCUUGAAGACAAAUUCAGCAGUAACAACACCAACAAAAGGCAGAAGCUGGCACAAGACUUUCUUCAUUCCAUUGACCAAACUGGAGAGCUCUUAGCCAUGUUUGAAGAUGAUGAGAUUGAUGAUGUCAAGCAGGAGCGGAUGGAGAGAGCAGAAAGACAAACACGAAUGAUGGACUCCAUCCAGUAUGCAGAAUUUUGUGAAAGUCGGCAACUGAGUUUUUCAAAGAAAGCAUCCAAGUUUCGUGACUGGUUGGACUGCAGCAGUAUGGAAAUAAAGCCAAAUGCAGUUGCAAUGGAGAUUUUGGCUUAUUUAGCAUAUGAAACUGUCGCACAGUUGGUGGACUUGGCCCUUUUGGUUAAACAGGACAUGGCUCCCAAAGCUGGUGACCCAUUCAGUCAUGCCAUAUCUGCCACCUUCAUACAGUACCACAACUCUACUGAGCCACAUCUCUUAGGGCAAUCUACAAGUGUAAAGAACAGUCUCGACUCUCCUGAAAACACCCCACCUCCUACACCCACACCCCCAUCAUCUGCAGGACAGCAGCAUCUUGGGAAAACCCCAGCAGCAGCCCUGGGGAAUGGUGGAAUUGGACAGGACUCUACCAAAUCCAAACAAAGGAAAAGAAAAAAGAUCCCUGGUGUUGUAUCCGAGAGAAAUAGCACUGCAGCCUGUGGUAUAGAGGCUCAAAGUGAUGCCAUCCAGCCCAGCCACAUCAGAGAGGCCAUUCGACGCUAUAGCCACAAGAUUGGCCCCCUUUCUCCAUUCACAAGUGCCUACCGCAGGAACGGGAUGACUUUUCUCGCCUGCUAAGAUGGAUGUGGCUGCAGCAACAGGAAAGACACUGUUAUAUUAAGGUGAUUUUCGUUUUCCACUCCUUGGAAGAAGAAAAAAAAAUACAUUAAAAAAAAAAAAAAAAAUACAAGCUCCAAUGUCCCCGUGUACCAGUGAGUGGGCUGGUUUGUUGUGACUAUCUGCUGGCUGACUCUGUCUCUCUUUCCAGCCCCCUCAAUCGUUAUUCUUGUUUACUAGCUGGAACAUUUAGCUAAUUAAUGGCAGGAUGUUUGGGAUAGCGUGUAGGUGGACAAGAAUGCAGAUCAGACAAUGCUGAAGUUUGUAGGGGACUUGCUGCUGUCAGCCUCUUUCUGGGAUGGCAUUUUUAUUUAAGUGUUUGGAGGUCUGUGUGUUCUCCUACACAUGGUUGGGUUUUUCUUUUUGUGUAAAGCAGGAUGAAGCAGAAAGAGGCCAGAGAUAGACUGGGUUAGCUAGAUUAAUACAAGUUAUAUAAGGGUUAUAUAUGGUUUCCAUGUUAAUUUCACAAAAAGAAACACUGUUUUACACUAUUUUCCACUGAUUUCUCACAAAUAUUUUUGGAGUGCUCAGACAGUGUAGCCCGGUUUAAUCCAGUGAGGGACCUUUAUCUGAGAGUAAUAGCGAGUUCAGAUCCAAAGAUACUCAGAAAAAUAAAAAUAAUCAGGUAAACUGCCUUACACCAGCUAUAGACUUGUCUUUUUGCAGACCCCAGAACAGGUAGUCAGCCCCAAAUUCUCAAUAUUGCUGGCAAGCCCCAAAUUCUCAGUGUUGACAGUUCUCUCUUUUGAUUCUCCAUGCUUGAGCUGUGGCUCUUUGAAAUCAAGGAAAGCUUUUACAAUGAUAUCCCACUGGAUUGGGUCCCUAUGCAGAAAAAUAUAUCCUAAAGUAUUGAGAUAACUGGGUCUGUCUCAGUGCUUCUGAGUGGUUAAGCAAAGGCUUCAUGUUAUGUACUUGCUCAGCAUUUGCUGCAGGAAGCAGAUGCUGUCUCUGUUGUUGACAGAGGCAGGAUUACUCUUGGAUUUGGUUAAAAAAGAAAUGGGCUCUCUUUUUUUCCUUUUUCUUUUUUCUUUUUUUGCC